AGGCCCGUCAUUUUCAGUCUGAAUGCAUUCAUCUGACUGUGGGGGACUGACUUUGUCCUCUGCAAUACAGUAUCUUUGAGUCAAUGUCGGGUGACAGCAACGGUCAAUAAGUUGGUAGGCACACCAUUUUAUAAUGAAACAAGCCCGUCUUAACAACAGAAAAUUAGGCAUCUUGGAAGCAGGAGCAAGAAUUUCAGCAUAGAGCUCCACAACUGGUUGCUUCCUGUUUGCUUCUGGGGAUACUGCCCAUCACAUGGAGUGCGGACUAACUGAGUCCAAGUGGUAGGUUCCUGUUCUUAGUCUUCCCCUAAUCCCCUUCUUGGUGAGACAAUCUUUUCUCCUACGACUUCUGCUCACUUGAAUGUUAGUUGAUAAUUAACUACUGCAACCUUUUCGGUGGCCUAUUUUUUCUUCUCAAACGAGUUCUGAAGGAAAUACUUUGCCCUUUUCUUCUACUAUAAUUCUCCAUCCUCGCUGAUAAACUUGUCCAAACACAACCCAGGCUGAGAUCAAUAAAUGAGCCAGAUUCGACUUCCAUGAUUUGAGUCCUUCAGAAUUAGUUGAUAAACAAGUGCUCCCGUAUUCUUCCCUAAAGACUAUCUUCUCUUGUAAAAGAACAAAGAAGGAUAUGCUUCUCGUUUUUCUCCUGCAAUCACUCCUCCUCACAUGCUUCUUUUUAUCCUUUGCUCAUCCUAUGGAACCAAGCACAUCCAGGUGCUCCAAUAUUUCCAUUCCUUAUCCUUUUGGUAUUGCUGGUAAGAGCCGCUUCCUGUCCCAAGGGUUCCAGAUAUCAUGUGCCUCUGGAUCUAGCAAAUCUGGACCUGGUGGUCCGGUGCUGUCCGUUGGAGACAGUGUGUUUGGGAUUCUUGACAUCUCAUUACUGGAUGGUUUUAUGACCAUAUUGGCUAGUAUCAAUUCUCACCAGUGCUUAGGAAACUCCAGCAUUAGCCUUGAGGGGACCGUCUUCACAUUCUCAGACACAAGAAACAAGUUCACAGCUCUGGGUUGUAAUGUGGUGGCCAUGCUGUUGAAUAGCAGUAGCGGGUAUAGCGGUGGUUGUGCUUCCUUUUGCUCUACCAAAGAUAAUAUCGUUAAUGGUUCAUGCUCUGGUGUGGCUUGCUGCCAAGCUCUGGUGCCGAAAGGGUUAAAGAAGCUGGAGUUAGAGUUCAGUAUUAUAUCCAACAAGGACAACAGUACUCUGUCAUGUGGCGAGGCGUUCAUCGUGGAGCAGAACUCAUAUAGGUUUUUAAGUACUGACUUGAGCAACACAAAUAGUACAAAACCUCAAUACCGACCUGUUGUGCUUGAAUGGUCUAUAGAUGGUGGCAGCUGUGAAGAGGCAAAACAGACCACAUCAUAUGCCUGCAGGGAGAAUACCUACUGCUACAACUCAUCAAAUGGAAUUGGUUACCGCUGCAAUUGCUCCCAGGGAUUUGAGGGGAAUCCAUACCUGCAAGGUGCUGACGGAUGCCAAGAUAUUGAUGAAUGCUCCACCAGAAAUCCAUGCACGCAUAAGUGCGUCAACACAAUCGGUAGUUUCCAGUGCAGGUGCCCAGCAGGGAUGAGCGGGGAUGGCUUGAGGGAGGGAAGCGGUUGCAAUGGAGUAGGCACUCUAGUAAUUGCAAUAGUUGCAGGACUAGCUCUGCUUGUGAUUCUCUUCAUUCUUGGUUUCUGGAUCCAUUGGCUUGUUAAGAAGAGGAAACUCUCCAAGACAAGACAGAGAUACUUUAUGCAGAAUGGUGGCUUGUUGCUGAGGCAGCAGAUGUUUUCUGAGAGGGCAUCACUGCAUAUAUUCACCUCCAGCGAGCUGGACAAAGCAACCAACAACUUCAGCAAUGACAAUAUUGUUGGCAGAGGAGGAUUUGGGACCGUCUACAAAGGCAUACUAUCCAAUCAAGUGGUUGUGGCAAUCAAGAAGGCACAGCGAGUUGAUCAGACCCAGAUGGAACAAUUCAUCAAUGAGCUCAUCAUUCUUUCACAAGCGAAGCACAAGAAUGUGGUCCAGCUAUUAGGAUGUUGUCUUGAGACAGAAGUUCCCUUAUUGGUUUAUGAAUUCAUUACUAAUGGGGCCCUUUUUCAUCAUCUUCACAAUACAUCAGCCCCGAUAUCAUGGGAGAUCCGUCUAAGCAUUGCAGUUGAAACUGCAUCGGCACUUGCAUAUUUACACUUAGCUGCAAAGAUAGCAAUAAUUCAUAGAGAUGUCAAGUCGUCGAACAUACUUCUUGACAAGAACUUCACCGCAAAGGUGUCAGAUUUUGGUGCUUCAAGACCAAUACCAUACAAUCAGACCCAUGUGACAACAUUAGUGCAAGGGACACUAGGGUACAUGGACCCUGAGUACUUCCAGACAAGCCAAUUGACUGACAAGAGUGAUGUGUACAGCUUUGGUGUGGUACUCAUCGAGCUACUGACAAGGAAGAAACCUAUUAUGGAUGAUAUGAUGGAAGAUGUGAGAAGCCUAGCGCUGCAAUUUAGUAUGUUAUUCCAUCAAAAUAAGUUGUUGGACAUUGUUGAUCCUGAAGUAGCUGAGGAAGCUGGAAUGAAACAUGUUGAAACAGUUGCAAAGUUGGCAUUACGAUGCUUAAGGUUGAAAGGGGAAGAACGGCCAAGGAUGAUAGAGGUUGCGAUUGAACUUGAAGCACUGAGAAGGUUGAUGAGACAGCACUUUAUCCUAAAGAGCGAGACUCUGCUUGAGGAGUCGUGGUGCCACGAAGAGAUGAGCAUUAACACACCACCGGGUUUGUGCCUUGAUAGUGAUGGCAUUGCCGGAGAUGAGAGCGUGUCUCUCAUCCUAACUCAGUAACUCUGUCAUAAACAGAGGUUUUAGCUGGUUUCUAUAUUCUCAGUUCCAUCUUAGUGAUUUCUUCAUCUUGUGCUUAUUAGCUCCCACUGAUCCGGCUAACGGCCAGACUGUAAUAAACAAGUUGGUAGAGGGGGCAUUCUUUUAUAUUAUGUUCAUCUUCGGAGUGUGCCAAGCAUAGGGCGCCUGCUUGUCUGCUGCCGAUCAAGGGAAAGCACGCGACCCGGCGAGUAUGCUAUGUUCUCGGAUGAUGUUCACGGUUUUCUUAGUGGAAGGCUUGGCUGCGUGCUAGUCAGUACAUGGGGUUUAGCUGCCUGUGUGUUCUUGUGUCAUGUUCCUGGUUUUCUUAA